CGCAUUACCAAUUGAUGAAGGACGACAUUUCCAUGAGUGUAGUACCGAAGAAGAGGUACUUUAAGCUGGAGUCAGACCAGGAUGAAACCUCACCGGGAUUUUUUGUACGGGAAGAUAGCGACAACAGUGAUGACGAUGGAGCAUUGAGUAAAAGUGAAUCAAACAAUCAAGAUCAUAUGCUGGACAAUAAGACCAGUGCACAAUCUACCACAUAUAACAUCCCGAUAGAUAUAGAGCCAAUUGUGGUGGAUUCUGAAGGAAGUGAUGAUGAAAUUGAAAAUGGAAGAGAAGAAGGAUUCGUUUUCAAGUCAUCACAACCCAAAGUUCAAGAGAAACUACAAAGUUGCAUCCUUUCAGAUCAUUUGUUUGGGCCCGGAAAUCCUCAACCUAAACCUGAACCUGAACCUGAACGAUGGACCAGGUAUAUAGGAUCUCUCACAUUACAAGCAUGGGCAACUAGGCCUACUAUGAGACCUCUUCCAUACAAGCGAUGUUUGAUCGUCAAGAGGCUUACGCCCAAGAAAAUCACAUUUGGUAAACUGAAUGAGAGAUCAACUGCUAAAUUUGGAGAUUCUUCAGUUGUUCGAUUGUUUUCCGAACCAGAAGCUGGAAAUAGAGAGAUAGGUAGAUUACCAGCUGAUAUAACUGAUAUAAUAUCACCGUUGAUGGACUUGAAUAUUAUUGAGGUUAGUUCGCAUGUAAUUAUGGAUACGGAAAGUAGACUUUCCAUUGGAGACUCAUUUUAUGUACAACUCGAAUUUCGUUUAAAACAAGAAGCAUUCACAGAUGAUUCGAAUGACUUUGCUGAUCCUGGCCAUAUAUCCAAAAAGGCGAAAAAAAGCGGAUGGAAUGGCACUUCUGAAUCAAAUGAAGAAGCAAUAUUAAGAUUAAGGCAAGCAUCACUUGUUCGACUUUUCGAAAAAGUAUCUUUGACAGAAUCCACUACAAAUGAGAAUGGUGGUGACCCAGCCAUAGUUAUUCCGGAUGGUAAUGGAGAAACACCCAUUGAUCAAUUGGAUUUGGAUCAACUUAAACAAUUCUAUCAAGCAAAUCAACAAACUGAACUCUUGCAGGGUUUACCAGAGACUACAACUCCUCCAAUUGAAAACUUUAAAUUGGAUUUGAGACCUUAUCAAAGACAUGGACUUUCAUGGAUGCUCUCAAGAGAAAAGGAAUUAGAUGUCCUUGACAAAUUAUCACGAAAAUCUGAUUCUGAAGAAUCCGAGAUUUCCACACAAACUAGAGCAAAUAUUAAUGAAGAAGGUAUGAUGAAUCCUUUAUGGAAAUCUUUCAGAUGGCCAUCAAAACAUCAAUCACGUAAUUCCCAAGAAGAAGCAGAAUAUUUCUAUGCUAACUUGUACAGUGGAGAGUUAUCCAUUGUAAAGCCUAUAAUUAAAACAAUGAUGAGAGGAGGUAUACUCGCGGAUGAAAUGGGUCUUGGUAAAACAAUAUCUACACUUUCCUUAAUCAAUUCAGUACCAAGUGAUACAGAUAUACCUUCUGAAGGGUUUAAAAAAAAUUAUGCAUCCAAUACAACCUUAAUUGUAGUUCCAAUGUCUUUAUUAUCACAAUGGCAAAGUGAAUUCGAAAAGGCCAAUAACAAUUCUAAUCAUAAAUGUAUUGUUUAUUAUGGUGAUCAAACAUAUUCAGAUCUUCAACAAGUACUUUGUGGCAAGGAAAGGAAUAUCCCCAUCGUAAUGUUAACUACAUAUGGAACUAUCUUGAAUGAAUACACCCGUACAUUGCGGGUAGCAGAUGGAAAACCAUCGGGCAUAAAUUCUGGUUUAUACUCCGUGAAAUUUUUCAGAAUAGUUUUAGAUGAAGGGCACAAUAUAAGAAAUAAAGCUGCGAAAACUACUAAAGCCAUAUAUGAUCUUUCCCUGAGUCGUAAGUGGGUUCUUACAGGUACUCCAGUUAUAAACAGAUUAGAUGAUUUAUAUUCCUUAGUGAAGUUUUUGGAAGUGGAACCUUGGAAUAAAUUCACUUACUGGAAAACAUUUGUCACGCUACCAUUUGAGCAGAAAAAAAUUGGUCAAACCUUGGAUGUAGUAAAAUCGAUAUUGGAACCAAUAUUCUUAAGAAGAACUAAAAAUAUGAAACAAAAAGAUGGUCAACCAUUAGUGGUAUUACCUCCUAAAGAAAUCACUAUUGAAGAAAUCAAGUUCAGUGUCAAGGAGCAGCACAUGUAUGAUUGGUUCAAAGCAUUGGCAGCAAGAAGUUUCAAUGAAGGUAUGGAAACAGGACAAUUAAUGAAAAGAUACACUCAAAUUUUCACACACAUCUUAAGACUCAGACAAGUAUGUUGUCACAUGGACCUUGUUGGCUCUGCAAGUAGUGACAUGCCCGAAGAUACAGAAAAUACAGUUGACACUGAUAUAAGUAAAGAAACCCAAGGACUUAUUAGUAAAAUGAAACAAUAUAAUCAAGGUGAAGGAUUUGAAAAUGAUGAAGAGAUUCGAUUGAUUUCUACGUCGUUAUAUGAAAAGGUUAAUUUUGUUGACACUGAAUGUCCAAUUUGUACUCUGUCGCCGAUAAAUAUCUCUGAGCUAACAAUCACUACAUGUGGUCAUACUUUCUGUAUGUCGUGCAUACUUGAUCAUUUCAACUUCCAGAGGUUGAAUUGGUUCCAUCCAUCUUGUCCGAUAUGUCGAGAACUGAUUUCCAUGUAUAAAUUAUUCAAAGUCAGAAAGUCACGUAAAGUGACACGUAUAGAGCCGCUUUCACAGCCACAGGAUGAUCGUGAAUAUGUUCUUUAUGUAUACGAUCCAGAUAGAACGUCAUCCAAAAUCCAAGCACUUAUUCGUCAUUUACGAACUUUAAACACUCAAUGUCCUGGUGAACAAGUUGUUGUUUUUUCCCAAUUUUCAACAUACUUAGACAUUAUUGAGGAUGAAUUGAAUGUACAGGGAAGUUCAGAUUUUUGCGUAUUUAAAUUUGAUGGGAGAUUAAGUAUGAAGAAUAGGAAAAAAGUAUUGGAUUCAUUUGCAACUAUGAAAGAAUCAAUUGAAUCGAAGAAUAAAACAAUCAUCCUUCUUCUUUCGUUAAAAGCUGGCGGUGUUGGGUUGAACUUGACAAGUGCGUCUAGAGCCUUUAUGAUGGAUCCAUGGUGGUCUCCAAGUGUAGAGGAUCAAGCCAUUGAUCGUAUCCAUAGAAUAGGACAAGUGGAAAACGUGAAAGUUGUGAGAUUUAUCAUGAAGGACAGUAUUGAACAAAAAAUGUUGAAAAUUCAACAACGUAAAAAGCAAAUUGGAGAAGCCGUUGGAGAUGAUGUUGAAGAGCGGUCCAAGAGAAGAAUAGAAGAAUUACAAAUGUUAUUUGAAGAAUAA